GGCGGGCUCCGAUCAAGGGAACUGGACGCAGCGGCCCGGGCAUGAGAAGCUAAGCACCUGAGGCAAGGCGGGCAGACAGCAGCAUCAUGCAGGCAGCGGCGGCUGCGCCCGUGCCCUUCUUGCUGCUCUGCGCCCUGGGGACCUGCCCCCUGGCGCGCUGCGGCCGGCCAGGAGACGCCUCGCUGACAGAGCUGGAGAGAGGGAACGAAAACCGCUUCCAGGGGCGCCAGAGCAUCGUGCCACUGCGCCUCGUCUACAGCUCCGGCGGCGAAGACGAAACUCGGCACGACCAGCUCAACACGCGGGUGCGGGGCGACCCCGGAGGCCGGCAGUUGACUCAUGUUGACCGGGCGAGCUUCCAGGUUGAUGCCUUUGGAACGUCAUUCAUUCUCGAUGUCCUGCUAAACCAUGAUUUGCUGUCCUCUGAUUACAUCGAGAGACACAUUGAACAUGGAGGCAAGACGGUGGAAAUCAAAGGAGGAGAGCACUGUUACUACCAGGGCCAGAUCCGAGGAAAUCCUGCUUCAUUUGUUGCAUUGUCAACAUGCCAUGGACUUCAUGGGAUGUUCUAUGAUGGGAACCACACAUAUCUCAUUGAACCAGAAGAAAAUGAGACCUCCCAAGUAAAUGCAAAUGAGGAUUUCCAUUUUCAUUCAGUUUACAAAUCCAGACUGUUUGAAUUUCCUUUGGAUGAUUUUCCAUCUGAAUUCCAACAAAUGAACAUCACCCCACCAAAGUUUAUUUUGAAGCCAAGACCAAAAAGGAGUAAACAGCAGCUUCAUCGAUACCCACGUAAUGUAGAAGAGGAAACCAAAUACAUUGAACUGAUGAUCGUGAAUGAUCAUCUCAUGUUUAAAAAACAUCGACUUUCCAUUGUACAUACCAAUACCUAUGCGAAAUCUGUGGUGAACAUGGCAGAUUUAAUAUAUAAAGACCAACUGAAGACCAGGAUAGUACUGGUUGCCAUGGAAACUUGGGCAGCUGACAACAAGUUUGCCAUAUCUGAAAACCCAUUGAUCACCCUACGUGAGUUUAUGAAAUACAGGAGGGAUUUUAUCAAAGAGAAAAGUGAUGCAGUUCAUCUUUUUUCGGGAAGUCAAUUUGAGAGUAGCCGGAGCGGGGCAGCUUAUAUUGGUGGGAUUUGCUCGUUGCUGAAAGGAGGAGGCGUGAAUGAAUUUGGGAAAACCGAUUUGAUGGCAGUUACACUUGCCCAGUCAUUAGCCCAUAACAUUGGUAUUAUCUCAGACAAAAGAAAAUUAGCGAGUGGUGAGUGUAAAUGUGAAGACACCUGGUCUGGAUGCAUCAUGGGAGAUACUGGUUAUUAUCUCCCCAAAAAGUUCACCCAGUGUAAUAUCGAAGAGUACCAUGACUUCCUGAAUAGUGGAGGUGGUGCCUGUCUGUUCAACAAACCUUCUAAGCUUCUUGAUCCCCCUGAAUGUGGCAAUGGCUUCAUUGAAACUGGAGAAGAGUGUGACUGCGGGACCCCUGCAGAAUGCAUCCUCGAAGGAGCAGAGUGCUGUAAGAAAUGUACCUUGACCCAGGACUCCCAGUGCAGUGAUGGGCUCUGCUGUAAAAAGUGCAAGUUUCAGCCUAUGGGGACUGUAUGCCGAGAAGCGGUGAAUGAUUGUGAUAUUCGUGAAACAUGCUCAGGAAAUUCAAGCCAGUGUGCCCCUAAUAUUCAUAAAAUGGAUGGAUAUUCAUGCGAUGGUGUUCAGGGAAUUUGCUUUGGAGGAAGAUGUAAAACCAGGGACAGACAAUGCAAAUACAUCUGGGGGCAAAAGGUGACAGCAUCAGACAAAUACUGCUAUGAGAAACUGAAUAUCGAGGGGACUGAGAAGGGAAACUGUGGGAAAGACAAAGAUACCUGGAUACAGUGCAACAAGAGGGAUGUACUUUGUGGUUUCCUUUUGUGUACACAUAUUGGCAACAUCCCAAGGCUUGGAGAACUAGAUGGUGAAAUCACAUCCACUUUAGUUGUGCAGCAGGGAAGAACAUUAAACUGCAGUGGUGGGCAUGUUAAGCUUGAAGAAGAUGUAGAUCUUGGCUAUGUGGAAGAUGGGACACCCUGCGGUCCCCAAAUGAUGUGCUUAGAACGCAGAUGUCUUCCUGUGGCCUCUUUCAACUUCAGUACUUGCUUAAGCAGUAAAGAAGGCACUAUUUGUUCAGGGAAUGGAGUUUGCAGUAACGAGCUGAAGUGUGUCUGUAACAGGGACUGGAUAGGGGCAGACUGCAAUAUUUACUUCCCUCACAAGGAUGAUGGAAAUGCUGGUAUCAUUCUGUCUGGCAAUGGUGUUGCUGGCACUAAUAUCAUAAUAGGGAUAAUUGCUGGCACCAUUUUAGUGCUGGCCCUCAUAUUAGGAAUAACUGCAUGGGGUUAUAAAAACUAUCGGGAACAGAGACAGUUACCCCAGGGAGAUUAUGUAAAAAAGCCUGGAGAUGGUGACUCUUUUUAUAGCGACAUUCCUCCUGGAGUCAGCACAAACUCAGCAUCUAGUUCUAAGAAGAGGUCAAAUGGUCUCUCUCAUUCCUGGAGUGAAAGGAUACCAGACACAAAACAUAUUUCAGACAUCUGUGAAAAUGGGAGACCUCGAAGUAACUCCUGGCAAGGCAACGUGGGAGGUAACAGAAAGAAAAUCAGAGGCAAAAGAUUUAGACCUCGAUCUAAUUCAACUGAGAGGGAGCCCCAAGCACCUGAGCCUGGGCACUCCCUCGCCCAGACAGUCCCAUCCCAAGGCAUAAGCCCAGGGGGCUCUGACAGCCCCCAGACAGGGAGUCUGGAUCACAGGACUUUAUCUCCUGCCAAGUCUCCUUCUUCAUCAACUGGAUCUAUUGCCUCCAGCAGAAAAUACCCUUACCCAAUGCCUCCACUUCCUGAUGAGGAGAAGAAGGUGAAUCGACAAAGUGCCAGGCUAUGGGAGACAUCCAUUUAAGAUCAACUGUUUACAUGCAACACAUCGAAACUGUUUACUUCAACUUUUGUAGAAAUCCAGCCUCCGAGAAUCACUGCAAAUAUAUCUGCUCUUCAGCCAACACAAGACCCUCUGAAAUACCCAGAGGAGAGAAAGCCAAAUCUCACACAUGGAUACCAUUUUCUUUUUGUCAUUGGCUUAAGAUUCAACUGAACCAAGAAAAGAACACUGAAAUGUCACACAAAAACACAGAACAAUAAGGGUACUGGUAUGUUAAUGGAAAAACCGGCAUGACAGAUAUAUGUAGAAAUGUCAAUAAAAAUUAACUCACAUGACCCAAAUGUAGCAAGUUUCCCAAGGGACAGUAAUGGAUUUGGAACCUGACAUUCUGAAGCACAUCCUCAUUGUAAACAGUAAUGCUGUAUGCAUGAACCUUCUGUUUAUUGCUUUCCAUAUUUAAGGAAACAACAUCCCAUAAUAGAAACUAGCAUGCAGGGCUAAGGCAUAUAGGAUUUUUCUGCAGGACAUUAAAGCUUUGAGAGGCCAAUAUCCCAUGCUAACUUUAAACAUGUAUUUUAAUUUUAUUUUUUUUACUUUUCAUAUUUAUAUCAACAUACAAGGACAAUUGUACAUAUGUAAACACUUUUAAAAUUUAAACAAAAGCAGCUGUUACACACAAGUGUAUUUUGCCAAAUGCCUGAAAGCAGUGAGUCACAGUCACAUCAUUGUCCUCCAUCAAUGGUCUUCAAAGAGUAUAAGCAAAUGGUGUUGUAAAUAUAGUGGUCAAUGCUGUAAAUGUGUCUUUCCAUAACUGAUAAAUGUCUAAACCACGUGAAAGCCAUUAUAAACUGUGUACAGUCUGGAGGCAAUUUUAUUGAGCAAUUGAUUAGGAGAAAGAAAUGUCCAGCAACACAUCUCCCCUCCAUAGCUUUAGGAGUGUAAUACAACUUUCAUAUGACCUAGACAGCCUACCACAGAUGGGUUCCUCAGGAAUCAGCCAGUGUGUCCACCUCUUACCUAGGAGCACGUAGUGCCUGCGACAGUGACUGUUCAGUAUAGUUCAUGAACUAGUCUCACUGGGAGGCCACUAGAUCCUCUCUAGUGUGUCCUGCUGAAAUGGAGCCAGAUGCGCCAGGCAGAUACCACAGGCUGCCUUUGAAUUGGUAGCUUGCAUCUUGCCAAUACACAAAUCCUUUGCGGCCAGAAGUUUUAUUUAUUCCUGGACAGGUUUUUUUUCAGCCAUCCUUCUCUGCAUAAGGGAUGGCUUAUUUUAAAAAACAACUUUCACACUGUUGAUUGAAGGAUAUUUAUCACCACUGGGAUGUGAAUUCCAGCACUGACUUUGAAGCAAGAUGAGGCAUAUAGUUCUUCUAUUUGAGCUGGAAAGCCUCAAUAGAGCAUAAAGGGUUCAAUAAAAUCUAAAGCCAUAAGGAUGCCACAAUGGUGAAGUUCCACAACAGCCGGGGAAGUGAAAAUAAUCUGGUGUUGUCAACACUAUAAAAAUCAGAAAAAAAAGAGAAAUCUGCAUUUAAGCCCCUUCUUUAGAACCCGUGCUUAACAGUUGUUGUAAUACAGCUCUAGUGAGGUCUGAAUUUGAUGAACCACAUGGUCUGCUGUAAUGUGUACUUCUGAUUUCAACCCUCCCUUCCUCUAACUCCCCUGUAUUUUUUUUCUCGAGAGGAAUGAAAUCAGCAGACAGGAUUUAAGAAAUGUCAUCUAAAUUUGAUUUCAUCCUGUAAUGUCCACGGGAAAAUGCACUUCAUCUUCAUGUAUCUUAGAAGCCCACAUCGAAGUUCAAAGCACUGUUUUCCACUCUGCAUUCCUGUCUUCUGUAAUGGGCCUCUCUUCUGAGAAUAUUUGAAAGGCAAUUUGACUAUCUAAUGUCAUACAGUGUAAACAGAAUUUAUGACCAAAAAGAGGAUGAUAAGAAAUGCUGUGGUUAUUGAUACCUCAAUGAAACUAUCCAUCAGACUAAAGUUUAGGUGAAUGCUGGCCACUGUUGUUGUGUAAGCUCAAGCCAAGUACAGAGGGGCAGACAGAUGAAAAGAUGACGCACGUGAAGGAACUUUUGACAAAGACCACUUUAAAUGUGCACCGAAUGUUUUCUGGCAUAGUGUAUAUAAAGCUGUGUUAUAGGGUUUAUUUUGACUAUAAAAGAUUUGAAUAUAGAUUUGAAUAUUUGAAUAUAGAUUUGAAUGCAAGGUGCCUCAUGUAAAUAUGCUUCCUAGUUACAAGCACUAAUUCACAAGAAUACACAAAUAGCUAAUUAGUUGAUUAUUCUAUCCAUCAAUGCAUCCAUCUGUCCAUCCUUAACAUCCCAAUUUUUACCUGAAAUUAGUUCAAACAAAAGAUCAUUAUCAUGUGCCUUUUGGGAUAUAAGGUCACCAUAGUGAUGUACAGUUUGUAAUAAACGUCCUUGGUAAUAACCUUCAUAAGACCUGAAUUAAAAGAGGCUUUAUUUAAUUUACAGAGAUCAGGAUUUGAGAAAUAUAAUAGUUUUGAUAUUCUGUUCUGAAUACAUACUCUUUUUCCUAUGUUUAAACAUUCUUGGGACUAUUUCAGGACUUUGACAAAUUUUCGUCUUGAUGAAUAGUUUGAAGAAGUAUCUAUGUGUGUAUUUAUGAUUGGCAUACUUGAGCAUUACCUCUGUAUUUGAUUUUAAUUCACUGAGGUAGAUAGAAUGGACCCUGAGCACCAAAUAAAAGCACAGUGAUUAUUUCUUACAUAUCUAUUUUGAAAAUAAUCUUUGGGGCUACAUAGUUUACAUCAUGUAACAAACAUAUUCCCCAGCCCACUAUGGAGUACUAAUAAGCAGAGAUGAGCAGUUAUUUGCCUUUUAUAUUCCAGUGUAUGCCUUUUUCCCCACAGGUUUCCUUUUUUCUUAAGUUAUGGAGAAAGAGAAGAGUUCAGAUUGACAACUCUUCUGUUGUAAGUGUUCCAUUUACCUAUAUCAGCACAGUACGAACUCCACUGAGUAACAUAUCUGUCUCUACGAAGUGUUACCAGGGAAGUUGUGGGAUAUCAGGGGACCCUAAGGAAUGGGAUAGCCAGAUGAACUGUUCUUUCCACCCAGCCACUUUCUUUACAUGGGAAGUGAACUCAGCUAGCUAAAAAAUGGCCCAACUCAUAAGCAGUUAGUGGAUAUUAGUAAUGAGGACUUCUUCAAACAGCUCAGCACAGUGGAUUGCUCUAUUAUUUGCAGUUGCUGUAAUUGUAAAGAAACUUAGCACCUCUAUUAGGAAUAACCUCUCUUUAAAGAUGUUCCCUGAAGAAAAUAUUGACAGUUCAGCAAAUGUAGGAUUAGAAUGUCAUACUUCUCUGUUUGAUGUUGGUGCUUUACUAUCACUGCAGCUUCUGUUUCCCUUUUGUUUUGUAAGGUUUUUAAAAUUGUGUUUGUGAAUGUGGCCAGUCCAGCAUAGGAUUCUGAAUGUUGGAUAAGAUUUAUACUGGAAGCUGCUUUGAAGAUAAAAUUAAUAUUCUUUGCAAAUCUAGAGAAAGUCUCUCAGAAUUCCAUGCCAAGCAGACAUUCUACAGUGUUUUCUAUUGAUCCUCUUGCCUAUUUGCAUAAUUUCAUCCUGGCUGUACUACUAGAUCUUGUGACUCCUUUACUUAUUACCCUGUAAGCAAGCUUUGUUCUCUUGAGAGUCAUCUUUGAGAGAGAGACGGUAUGGUAUUUCUGCUCACUUCUUCGAGUCUUUCAAAAUUAAGUUUGUUCACUUAUUUAUUUUACCAUUCCAUUUCCUUUUGUCAUGUAGUUCUACCCUAACCUCACCUACACACAACAUGAUAACUAUUUUCUUAUGUUAUUCAGCAUAGUAAGUUCUUAUCGUGCUCAAAGGAAAGAUAUUAGGUACUUUGCAGAAGAAAGUUUGGAAUUAAGAGAACUAAAGCGAAAGACAUAGCUGCUCACAAACCUGCUUGGGAUGCCACUAGAGGCUACACUUGUGCCCCACCAAGGAUUAUGUGAAUAGUAUGCUACUAGUUGGUGAGUUGGCAUGGAUUUCCCAUGAAACACUGACUUGCAGCAUAUCGUCUACUUUUUAUGCUCCAAAUUAUCUACUUCCCCUUUGCUUUUGCCUUCUAGAAUUAUUUUCCUCCUUAAGUGUAAAGUCAAAAUGAAUGCCAUCUUCUUGCUCUAUAAGGUACGAUUGAUAAAAAGCUAACAUUUCUAUGAAAUGAGGCUUAAUUUGGAGUUCAAAUAUUUCUUCCCCUCAUCUGAGAUAUUUACUUUUAAACGAUUCGGCCAGAAGGCUACUCUGAUUUUGGACAAGCACCUUGUCACCUGGCACCACAGAACUAGGGGUUUUGAUGAACGGUUCCUCUGCAUACUGUAUUGAGGCACCCAGUCUACCAUUGUGAAAACGGAUGUGGCAGCAUUUUCUGUCUCCCACGGUUCUGGCUCUAUGAGCAGCCUGCUGCCCAGGUGGAUCUGCUAGGAAGUGUUGGCACCUGCUUUCACCAUAUGCUUUGGGGGCACUUUUAGUUCCAAGAAUAUUCCUACCACACCUGCAGAUGCAGAGCAAACAUGUACUCUAUUCCCAUCUUCUUCAUUGUUUUGUCAGUCCCCAACAUGAAGCAUCUUCAUUUUGUAAGCAGAAAAUCAAAACAAACAGCCAAAACCAAAAAAAAAAAAAUGUUGCAUAAUUAGUGUUGUUUCUGCCUUUUAUAUUGUGUUGACUCUAUAAAUACUUCAUGGUUGAGUGGUUCUGUCCCUUUUUCAUUGUUUGUAGAUCCUGCAAUGCUGGGAAGAUUCUCCAGGAGUGGCAGGACUUUAGUGAGGGGCAUUGUCAUUUUGUGUCCCUAUAAAUAUUGUUGGAAUAAAUCCAGAAAAAAAUGUGUUUUCUUGUUUUAGUUUACAAAAAAGUCAAAUAAUGAGAAUAAGCAAUCUUGUUAAGAUAAUGUAUUUACAAAACCAUAGUAGCUUUAGGUUUUAUGAACGUUAGUUUUCCUCAUACAUACACACAUAUUUAUGUAUAUGCAUAUGUAUAUUUGUGUACAAGUAGAUAUAUGCAUAUAUGAGUAUACAUAUGCAUGUGUGUUUAUAUAUGGAUACACUUUAGGGCCUAGUCUUUUGCUUUAGGGAGUUUCAGAUGGUGAUUUGUGUUUUUGGUGGUUAAACUCUAACAUACUUCGAAUAGCCCAAAUCUUUAAAUAUAGCGGUGCUAAGUUUUAUCAGAUAACACAAUACAGAAAGUGCUGAAUUAUUACAUUUAGUAAUAACACCAGAGUUCCUGCUAAAUGAUAUACGUAUAUCACUGCCUGAUUAGAAACCCCACUUUUCUUUUAUAAUCCAGCACAAAAAUUAAACUGUGAUUCUGCAAACGGUCUUUUUAAUGGAAAAAAAAUCAAUACAAUACUUUUGUUUUGUAUGGGAAUCAUUUUUUUUUACACGAACAGUGCUUAGCUAAAGGUUCAAAAGGUACUAAUAAGCAUGCACUCCUUUUUUUUUUUUUUCUAAAAACAACUUGUUGGAAAAUUUGUCUCACUAAACUAGUACCUCCAAAUGACAACUUUCAGAAAGUAGGGAUUCUACCACCUCAAAGCAAUUUCUAUGUUAGCCAGUAUGUGUCUGCCCUAGUGUUUCCCUUAUCCAUCCUCUUCAAAGGGUGAUUUCCAUCUGCAGGUGAUGGGAGCUCCCCAGAGGAGUGUUAAUAGCCGCAUGGUUUCACUUUGGUAACCAGGUAAUCAUGUGUAUAUAGAUCCACACCAUUUUAACAUUCUACUACUCUGCAUUUCAGAUUCUUAUGCUACUUUGAAUAUUAUUGGGUUUUGGCAAACAUCAAUGGAUAUGUAUAUGGCAACUGCUUCCUGAGCAAGAGUGAUUUGUUUUAUGGCUGUUCAAGUUGUAAAAUUGUUCUCACAUUGUAGGUAAACAAAAUUUUGUUUUCAAAGGUCACUGUAACUUAUGGUUCAAAUUUCUGGCACAACUUUAUUAGUAUUCACUUCUGAAGCUAAUAAGAUCCAGUUUUCUAUGUUACUCUCAUUGUAACAUCAAUAAAGUGACUUUCAAUAAAAGAUUCAUGUUAUUUUGA